AUUACCGCUUAAAUAAUUUUUUCCCAAUUUGCGGCCAAUAAUUAAUAGAAUCGGAAAAAUGCAUCGGCGGUCACUGUACUUUGCAGGCGCGGCGUUUGCGGCGACGUGUUUGCUGGCUGCCGCACAUGCAGGGUCUCCGAAUGCGUCUUCUACAAUUGAACCAACAACAGAGCACGCGGCAAAGCACCAAGGAAAUUUCAUACAAGGCUUCAUAGCGGCAUUGUCAGUCGUCGUAGUGUCGGAACUUGGGGACAAGACCUUCUUCAUUGCAGCAAUUAUGGCCAUGAAACAUGCUCGCCUGGUCGUCUUUGCCGGUGCCAUAUCUGCCCUAGUCUUCAUGACUGUAAUAGCCGCAGCAUUCGGCUGGGUGGCUACUGUGAUACCAAGGAUAUAUAUACAUUAUUUAAGUGUGGCAUUGUUCGUCAUAUUUGGUCUUAAAAUGUUGAGAGAGGGAAUCAAAAUGAAUCGUAAUGGUGGGCAGGAAGAGCUAGAAGAAGUUCAAAUGGAGUUGAAGAGAAGAGAAGAUCAGGAAGAAAAAGAAGAAACCUUAGAAAUGCUAGAACAAGGUCAAGCAGAAGUAAGAAGAAGACGAAGAAAAGCAAUAUUAAAAGUGUUCCUAUCAACUGCUACUUUGACCUUCCUUGCUGAAUGGGGGGACAGGUCGCAGUUGGCCACGGUGGUGUUGGCUACUAGGGAAGAUGCAGUGGGAGUCGUCGUUGGGGGGUCCUUGGGACACGCCCUUUGUACAGGCUUGGCUGUGGUCGGGGGGAGAAUGGUGGCGCAGAAGAUUUCUGUGCGGACUGUAACAAUAAUCGGUGGCAUAGUGUUCCUUGCCUUCGCAGUAAGCGCUCUCAUCAUAGGACCCGGUGACUAAUAUAAAAUAAUGUAAAUAUUUAUAAAUAGGUUAUGUAAAUUGACAAUAUUGUAUUUAUACAUAAUGUUUUGUGUACGUAAUAGCUGCCUGGUGACGGAAACAUUUAGACAUAUUGUCUAUAAAAUGCUUCAAGAGACCUAAAAUUAAGGUCCACACUCACUUAUGUCAGCCAGCACCGGCACGGCAACAUUUUACCUCGAAACGCAAUAUUCCAAAGUACCUUUAUAAGUUGGUAGCGCGCUGUGUCUUGUAAACAUAUGAUUAUUUACGUUUACUUAUAAUAAUACUUAAGUGAAUUUGUUUAAAUUAAUAGACUUAUAUUGUUAUAAUAAAACGAUUGACGCGCUGAUAGAUUCCACCCAGUUAAACUAGAACCAGGACAGAUUCCUAAAUGUUUCAUCAGCCAGCGUCAGCGUGCUAUUGUAAAUUGUUUUUAUUAUGAUAUAGCCUAGACAAUCUCAAGAUAAUUGUUUGACUGUUUGUAUAGACGUUACGUUUCUAACUACAAUGUUCGAUGUUUGCUAGUUUUAUGCGAGAAUGAUCCGCACGUGGAUGAAUACUUCGAGGUCGUUGGAGCACGGCCGUCGGAUUGGAUCGAUUUUUUAAGGGACCGCUGUGUAGGGGAACGGAGCAGGCAUGCCAAAUUAUUGUUUAUACGACGUUUUACGAGCUUUAAAGCUUUACGCAGCGGCGCUGUGAAAAUUAGAGCGGUUACACACGCGCGCCUAUAAGCAGCUUGUGAUUUAUAAGCUAUUGCAUCUAUGCAGUCGCGCGUUUGCCUCUAUGCAAUCGCGCAUUUGUAUCGACGCAAUCGCCUAUAAAUCGCAAGUGUAGCGAUGCAAUCGCGCGUUUCACGAAAGUCGCUAAAACUCGCCAUGUGUAACUCUUAGGCGAUUAACACACUGCACCGCGCCCUGCGACACGGAAUCAUGCGCGCGGUGGCGGAGACGCAGAUCUGCCUCAACACUCGGUUUAAUCUGCGCGGUGCAGCGGUCUAGCGGCCCCGC